AUGAAUAUUAUAGGAUUCAAGUUCCUUCUUUUAGUUUUAGUGACAAUAUGUUAUAAUCUAGACAAAAUAUGUGCUCAGAAUGCAACUAAAAUGUUAACUCCAAUAAUAGCUACAAAUGUUCUUGGUCCAAAGCAAUUUGAACGAAUUGUGGUGCCUUAUUAUCCACCAAUUAUUAGAAAAGAAAUUCCAGUGACAGAAAAAGUUGUGGAUAUAGAAAAUACAACACAAGAGGUGAAAACAAACAGUAUUAAGGCACCAAAUUAUAAUGGUGGAAAGAAAAGUGAUACAAAAUCUUAUAGUUAUGUGACAAGAUCUGAUGGAUUCUCUAAGAAACCUCCACCAAAAAAAUAUUCACCAGUAAGUCAGCCAAAGCAACCUCCAAAAGUAAUUGAACCAAAAUCAAAAGAUUCAAAACCAAACCCGAAAGAUUUACCAGCUGAACAUAGAACAUUACCAGAACCUAAUGAAAUCCAGCCUUUGCAUAUUAAUACAAGAGGUUUCAAAAAGUCCCAGCCUGACCAUAAAAAUCAAGCGCCAGAAGAGAAGAAAAAGAAGUUUCAAGAACAAGAACAGAAUUUAAAGAUUGAAAAUUUACCAGGAAAUCCUGAAGAAGUUCCAAAAACUGACUGGUUUGAUAAUCAUGGAAAGUAUAACUACGGAAUUGUCCAUGACUCACCUCUAGUCGAAGAAAAAACGAGUGUUGAAGACACAACAGAAAAUGAAUCUAAAGAAGUACCAAAAGGUGUUGCUCCAAAUCCACAGAAAAUUCAACAUCCACAGCCAUUCCAACCUCCCAUUACUGUCCAACAUCCACAACCAGUUGCAACAAUCUACCAUCCACCAGCAACGCCAACACCAACAAACAAUAAUCACCAUCCAUUAACAUUCAAAAGCAACUCUAAUGUCCCAAGUUCACACAGUAAAGUUCAUCAGCAGAACGGUAAUAAUGGAAAUUUUCUUUAUAAAUCCGAAGUCUACUAUCCCAACUAUCGCGAUCACAUUUACCUCCCGUUCACAACUUAUUAUGGCGAUGCAAAUAUUUUUCCAAAGCAUUUACCAGUCUUUAAUUCACACACAGUUUAUCACACUCCACAAGCUGUGCCACAGCAUAAUACAAUAAAUCAAAACAGCAACAAAGCUCACGAUUUACCAAUAAAAGUUUCCCUGCCAAUCCCCAAAGCGCCAACAUCAUCAUCUACACCGAAGACAGUAUAUCCAGUCGUUCAUAAAACUGAGCCACCAGCACAUAAACAUCCGGCAUCACCGAAAAAAGCUGUAGAAGAAAAAAAGACAGCUCCAACAGCACCAAAAAAUAAUCAAGAUGAAGAGGAAGAAUAUGACGAGAGUGAGGAAAUCGAAGAUGAUGGUGGAAAGGCUGAAUAUUAUGAUUAUGAGGAAGGAGACUCUGUUGAGGAUGAUGAAAGAAGCAACGAUAAAAUUCAAGGAGAAUCCUCUGAAGAUUAUGAGGAAGAAAAUGAUGACGAGGAAGAAGAAAAGCCAACAUACAGGUAUACAAGCUAUAAUAAUGCACGAGAUGAUGAAAAGUCAAGCGAAGAUGAAUUUGAUAGAGCAUGGGAAAAGUAUGGCUAUAGCCCAAAGGAAACAUCCGAAGAAAAUGAAUCAAGUGAAUCAAGACUCGUGCCACAGGAAAUUGAGCCAGGAAGGAAGAAAAUUGUGCAUAUGAAGAUGGAAUAUCAUACAGUACCACAUGAUGGCAAUCAUGUUUAUGAUAUUGAACCAAAAAUAAGAAGAAGUAUAGAUGUUAGCAAUAAGUCAUCACGUGAGAUGAACUCUAAAAUGUCAGGUACAAUUAAUAAUAGUGAAAUGAAUAAGGACAAAAAGAGGAAAAGGAAGAACAAGAAAAGUAGUGCAAAAAGUCAACAGCAGCAUCCGAACGCAGGCCCGGAUGAUUUAAAAUUUUUCCAAUACUUAAACUAUUUGGGUAAUGGUGAGCACAGAGCUGGUGGACGAGUGGGUAACGAUAAACAUUACAUUGAACAGCAUGAACGUGGAAGUAAGGUUACGGGAACAUUUCAGAAAAAAGUAAAAGUUUAA